UCCAACAGUCGAGAAGAAGAGGUCUGUGAGCGCAGUCCCUGCCUACACCGCCAGCCGCGCCGGCCGCUCCGACCCCCUACAUACCAGGCACUCACUACACACUGCUCGCUGCACACCGCUCUUCCAACGUUGGUGGUAAUGACGAAGCAUGAACCUGGGCCGCGGCCACGGCCCUGGGACUGGGGUGCCACCCCUGUCAUGAUACUGGUUCUCUGCUGGAUCAGCUGUAUAGAGUCCUCGACCAGCCUUACAUUUAACGAUAUUUUACCAGAAGACCCGAAGCUGUAUGACAAAAUGCGUCCUCCGAAGAAGGACGGAAACCCGACAGUUGUCUACUUCCAUGUCACCGUAAUGGGGUUGGACUCUAUUGAUGAGAACUCUAUGACUUACGCUGCAGACAUAUUUUUUGCUCAGACAUGGAAAGACAACCGACUAAGGUUACCUGAAAAUAUGACGUCAGAAUACAGAUUGCUUGAAGUGGAGUGGUUAAAAAACAUGUGGAGGCCAGACUCGUUUUUCAAGAACGCAAAGGCGGUAACAUUUCAAACUAUGACCAUUCCCAAUCAUUACAUGUGGCUGUACAAGGACAAAACCAUCCUCUACAUGGUGAAGUUGACGUUAACUUUGUCCUGUGCCAUGAACUUCAUGAUAUAUCCUCACGACACGCAGGAGUGCAAACUCCAGAUGGAGAGCUUGUCACACACGACUGACGACAUGAUCUUCCAGUGGGACCCCGACGUGCCUCUAGUAGUGGACGAAAACAUUGAACUGCCUCAGUUGCAGUUGGUCAAGAACAACACGGCAGAUUGUACACAAGUCUAUUCUACAGGAAAUUUCACGUGCUUAGAGGUUGUAUUCGUGCUAAAGCGGCGACUGGGAUACUACCUCUUCCACACGUACAUCCCGACCUGCCUCAUCGUCAUUAUGUCGUGGGUGUCGUUUUGGAUUAAGCCAGAGGCGGCUCCAGCUAGAGUCACUCUAGGGGUAACUUCGCUGCUGACUCUCUCCACUCAGCACGCCAAGUCUCAGGCAUCACUCCCACCCGUCUCCUAUCUCAAAGCUGUAGACGCCUUCAUGUCGGCUUGUACAGUGUUCGUGUUUAUGGCGCUGAUGGAAUAUUGCCUCGUCAACAUCGUUCUCGGAGAUUCGGAUCUGCCCCAGAAACCCCCAGAACCGCUCAAGCCCGACAAGAUAUUCGAUCUGGCUGCUAAGCAGAACGCACGUCUGCUCACCGGUCAGCCGCCUGUCCCACCUCGACCCUCUCAAGCCCAACGGAACCGCUCCAGAGCCAUCAACAUUGAUCGUUUCUCUCGAGUUUUCUUCCCACUUCUGUUCUUCAUUCUCAAUUGUUCCUACUGGGUCAAGUUCGCUGAGUUCUUGUAAAAUCGUUCAAGUCGUCCUAAUUAAAUCGUUUCAAUGUAAAUAUUUUGUAUUAUGCCACUCGUACUACCAUAUAUUAGAUGGUAACAAUUUUAUGUACAUAGGACGCUUUUAUCACGCUACACUUAAUUUUACUGUUAACAAUUAAGGAAUUAAAAGUUUUUUUAAUAUAUAUUGUGCUUAGUCGAAAGUGCUUGAUUGCAUUCAAUUUUGUAUUGAUAAAAUUAUAUAGACUAUAUUGAACUUAACCCUUUGUAAUUAGAUAAGUCAUUAUAAGUGGUAAGUCGAUCGUACAACUUUAUAUAGGUUAAAUAUUGCAUGGGUGCGUGCGUGCAUGAAAUAACGUUACUUGGGUAAACAAACAUGCUGUUUUGUUUCACUGUACUUCAUAUCAUUACUUACUUUUAAAGAAACAUAAAGAUAAGUUUUACAAAUUUAAGAUGUAAUGUUCCAGUUUUUCUAAUUGUAUCCAUAAUUUGAUAAAGGAGAGUUGAAUUAAAAUUAGAAUAGUAAAAAAACCUAUGAAAUACAAAAACUACAAUGAAUAAAGAUGUGGUUUAUAUAUUUAAUUAAUACAAUUUAAAAACAUACGUAGGCUAUGUAAUAGUUUUGAAAUAAACAAAGUAAAUAUGAGACAAAGAAUCUAAAACCUGUUGUUAGGUAUAAGACUAAAAGUCUCAUAGUUUUCAUUUAAUAUUUUUCUUAUUUUAUUAAAAAAAUGUCUAAUAUAAUUUAGGAAUAUGUACUUCCAUAUAUUUACAUUUAAGAUGAGUUUAAAGUACCUCUCACAACCCCAAUUAGGGAUUAGUGUCCAACAAAAAGUUUUAAAUUAGAUGACAUUGUUUUAAAUCACGUGAUAUGUCAAAUUAUUGUCCAUAAUAAUACAAAUCCAACAUCAAGAAACCCAAGUCCUGACUACAAUGCUUAAAAUGGGUACCGUCUUCUAAACCCUUUAAAAUUAUGUCACAUGAUGAGGCUACUGUUAAAAUUUUACCUACUUCUUCAAUCCUCACUUGAUAUAAAAUGGUGAUCAUUUGGUUCUACAAUGACCCCAUCCUAUAUUGUGUACCAUUGAAGUUAAGAGUUGUACUUUUGUUCAAAGAGUAUCCAUUUUUGAACAGAAAUUCCAGACAUCGGUGUUCUUGUUGUCGUUGUGUUUGUAUCAACAAGAUAUUUAAUUUGAGGUUUCGCUUGAUGGGUCAUGCGAUUUAAAUUUUCAAGAUGCCCCCUGCCCUACUUUUUGGUGAAGUGAAUCUCAUUUGAAUAUUUUAUGAAAUUUAGUGAAAAUUUAAAAUUGUGAUACUGCUUAAUAAAUUAUAAUAAUAAAUAUAAUAAUAUAAUAAAUUACAGUUUGUCUCUUAUAUACUAUUUCUGUCUCUUCCUUGUUCCAUAAACACGUGGCAUAGUUUCGUUUAUUGAUUUUAUAUCACGAUAAAAAUAUUUUCAACUUAGAUAGCUUUGGCCAAACAAUAUAAGAAAAUUAUAUCCUUUUACAGGAAUAAUAUCGUAGAAAUGUAAAAUACUACACAACAAGUGUGAAAGUAUCAGCGCCAUAUGUGCCGUUCGUUUGUAUGUGGUAUUAAUAUAUUACAUGGAAUCAUUUCACUCAUUAUUAGUUCAGUAUUUUACUGUACCUACGCACGAAGCCAAAACCGCUGUUGGCAAUUUGUAGUCUAAAUUAAUUAUAAAUACAUCAAAGAUCAUUUCUAUUUACUUUUACUUAUUUCCAUACAAUAACAAAUAUCUUUACAUUCAUCAUGGUUUUCGAAAUCAAUGUUCUAUUUUUAUAAAAAAUAGUUUUAGUUCAAUAUAAAAAUUAAACUGUAUUGUUACAUUUCGCUAGAACGUUUUUAAUAAUAAAAAACAUUAAAUUAUGAAUUAUGGAACCUGUACCCCAUAAGUAGCCAAAUUGUCACUUUUACCAGGUCAAAUUCAUCUAAUUAGUGAGAGAUUCAAGGAUUUAGUUUUUUUUAAACUUGUUCUAAUUAAUAUUGGUUAUACCGCUCCUGAAGUGAUUUGGAAUGUGUUAUCCCCUACUUUCAAGUAGAUAUUUUAUUUCAAAUUAUUAUAAAGGACUAAGGGACUAGACAUAACUAGAACAAACAUUGUAGACUUUUCAAAGCGAUCAUAUUUUUUUAUAUUUUGAAUCUGUUUUCUCUUAUAUUUAUAUUAGAAAUCUAAUUUCCGUGCUUUAAGACUAUACUGUUACCAGUGGCAUUUCAAUGGCCUAUACAAAUAGUUUUGUAAUUGUUUUAUAGCAAUCUUUAACGAUUACCAAGAGACGAUCUAAAAGAAAAGCCUAUUUCAACAAAAUGGGUGUACGCAAACAAUAAAAAUGUUUAUUUAUUUGUUAUACUUUUUAUAUUCAAGCAAUUAAAGGAAGCUCGAAUUUAAACUAUGAUCCGAAGUUUUUCGAUUGCUUCAGGUUUCCGCACCUUUUUAAAAUCCUUGCUGUGAAUAUACGGAUUACUGGCCAGAAGCAAGAAAGAUUCCACAUUUCUGCAAUCGGUUGAAUACUCUCAUAGCAUGUAACUUUAAUCACAUGUGGAUAUAAUGAGCAAAACAGUAUAAGAUGUAUCUUUAUUUAUAAAAUAAUAUGAUUAGUUUAGGUUAUGAUUCUGUGGUUUAUGACGGAUAAAAAUAAACAAUACAUCGUAAAAGAGAUAAAUAGUCCUACGGAAUGGUUAUUAUUGAACAAAACUUGUUUCUUCACCGAUAGAAUCCUAUUCCUAGACAAUGGUCUCUGAUGACUCCUUUGUUUCCUCACGAUCUCUGUUUUUAAUUAUUAAUAAUAGUAGGCUAUAACCGACACCACUACUCCAUAAAUGCGACGUAACCAAACAACACUCACAACGGCCAGCUGCCAGCAGCAGAAACAGAUCACGUGACUGAAACUACCACGCUUAUUGGUGGGAAUGAGAUGUAGCAAUCAACUGUUAUCCAAAAACUUCCUUAGGAAUAGAUUUCAUUAAAAAACACACACACUAUGUUUAAUUAUACUCUUUCAACUGGUGCAAUAUAAAAAUUACCUAUUAUAUAGAUGAAAGAGAUAACCGUUCAUUGUAUAAUUCCAUUAUGAGUUGUAAUCCCCUUUUGGGUUAGGAUUUUUAAUACAUUUGUUUUAUAAUAUUAUUUUAGGUAUUUUUCAAUCUUAACACGCGUAGAAAUAAUACAAGGUUCCUAUCUGCCGUCUAAAAUUUCUCUACAUAAACUCGGUAGAACAUAGUCGAUAAGGAAAAAUUAUAUCAAACCCUUCCAGUCCUUGAGCAAAUGUUCUGGAAGGAGAUUAAUUAACCGUAGUGUCAGUAAUUUAUUUUAUGAUAACAUAAUCUAAAAUUGUAUAACUAUUGUUGGAGUACAUAGGUAUUUUAUUGAAAAGUAUUAAAUAAUCAUUGGAAACCUUUCAUUCAGAUGAAACAGAUGUUCGUGGGGUUCAAAGUUAGAUCAGUCUGAGAUCAGGGGAGUGUAAUGUUAUCGAGCUGGAGGAAAUUUAUAUUUAAUUUCACGUAUUUAUUAUGAGUAACCGUUUUAUAACGACAUGAAGGAAAUUUCAGGUAACCUGAUAAUGAAUUAUUACUACUAGUAUAUUUCCGAACUGGUAUUGCAUGCUUGUAGGUCCAGUUUCAAUGUUUAAUUAAGUGUUUUGUCACUUUCUGACCAAAAUAAGCAUUUUUUCUGCCAAAGGUUACCAAAAUACUCCUUUGACAUCAAAAGUUCAUUUUUGUAUGCUAAACUUGAGAUUAUUGACUUUGAUUUUAGAUUAGACUCUUAUAUGUCAACACUUAACGAUGUGCUGUCUAGUAACUCUUGAGGAAAGUAAUGUGUCUUUACUUGUCAAGCUUUCUUCAAUUAGUUAUCGAUAUUUUGUUAAUAAUUUGUUAAUAUCAGUAAUUGAAUUCAAUGUGUCCGAUUUAAAAUAAAUAAACACAUUUAUUUCUAUAAAUGUGUUUAUAAGUUAUAUAAAUUUACUAAAUAAACAAAACUGAGAUGUAUAAUUAAGUAACAUAGUUUCUUAUAUACUGUGUAAAACAACAGGUAAGUAUUUGUAAUUUAAUGUAUAUAAAUUUAUUGAUUGUUAUAAUAUUUAAGUCAAGGCAUUCUACAUAUACAAUAUAAAGUCGUUUAUUGUAAUAUUUUUGGCUUUAUAAGAUUAAAAAACGUUAAAUAUUUAAAUGGAUGCUAAUUUAGAAAUUAAAGUUAUUGAACUUAGCUAAAAUGAAUGUGUAAUAUCAAUAUAUAAGUCGAAACCAGUACAAAAAUAUACAACGCCUAUACUAAAAUAUUUACAACGCCUUAUUAUUAGGAGUUGAAAUUUACACCGUAUAAAGACUAUAAGAGCUUUAAAAUAUUUGGAGCCGAAUUAUUUACAAUUUGAGUAAGUGGCUUCGAAUUCUGAUGAUAAGACGAAAUAGGCUGAAAUUAUAGCCUUCGACUAAAGGCGUAUCCAUAAUUUCACUCACGAUUGGGAUUGUAGGGUAUAAUACUAUAUAAUGUAGUCUGUUAUAUUAGUCCUUAUUGUUACCAAAUAUUUUAAGUUGGAUCAGUAAAUUUUACUGAUAACUAAAACGCAAAUAUAUGGCCAUUAUUUGUGAGGGCACAACAAAAUAGGCUCUUGUAUACAAAAUAAUUAUUCUUAUCAUCUCAAGGGUUCUUCUUCAUACCCAUAUUUUCUCCUGAUUGGGGAAUACUGUAUUGUAUAAUCAGCUGUAGAAUUUCUAAUAUUGUCCUAAAUAACUAUUUCCUUUGGAUUUUGCAUUGGAAUUUGAUAGUUUUGGGCUACUUCCAAUCAUAAUCACAGCUUAAUGCACUUUGAUCGCUGGAAACACCUAGAAAUAACAUACGAAUUUACUACAAGUAUAGUACAUAUUUUAAAUUUUUAAUUGCAAUAGUUGUAACUGGAAUUCCAUUUUAAUCAGUGUAUCAAGAGAGUUUACCUACAAAAUGCAAGCAAAAGGUGCUUGAUGUGUUAUUAAAAUAAAGAACAUGAAUACAUGUAAGAUUUACAGGACCUUUGAUGAGUUAUUAUCCUCUGUUAAUUAAUAACAUUUUGUAAAUGUCAAAAAUAAAUCAAUUGCU